GGGUUUGGCUACGCCAUACGCGUCUGUCAAUUUUUAGCGCUUUCCGUGAAAAGUUGGGCUUGCAGUGUGCGAGAGAGCGAUUGUGAGGUAGAAAAAAGUCGAAACAAGCCAGCAUCGAGUAGCCUAUCCGCAACCAUUUUCCGUAAAAAAACGAGUGCUGCUGUGUAAAUCAUCGGGGAAAUCAGUUGUGCGUUCUGUUGUUUUUUAAUUUAUCCUCCGAGUCGGUAAUCAGUCUAGACAUUCGUUGAACGUGUGACGGAAUUCCACCUUCGUGUGUGUGUGCAUCCAUUUGCGUUUGUUCUUUUCGUGUGCCUGCGUUUGUGUGUUUGUGCGUGGAGCGCGUGAAUCGCCCCCGUGCUGAAAGCGAAAAAAGAGGCAUUCUAAAGGAAUCACAUCACCCUUGUGUUUGGGGCAGUAGCAGGGCAGCAAGCCGUCCACAUCCAUCCGAUUUACCAAUGAUGCAUAUAGUGCAAAUCCUUGAGAAGACCGUCUCGCCAGAUCGAGAUGAACUGCUUGCGGCGAAAAACUUCCUGGAACAGGCGGCUUCCACAAACUUACCAGACUUCCUGCGGGCGCUCUCUGAUGUGCUGGUGUAUCCCGGUAAUUCGCGGGUCGCUCGUAUGGCCGCCGGUUUGCAACUAAAGAACCACCUGACCAGUAAAGAUCAAACGAUCAAGCAACAAUAUCAGGAGCGAUGGAGAUCAUUUCCCGAAGAUGUGAAAGAGUACAUAAGAAAAAAUAUCCUUGGAACUCUCGGAACGGAAGAAUCCCGCCCAUCGUCAGCAGCUCAAUGCGUUGCGUACGUUGCGGUCGCGGAUCUACCUGUACACCAGUGGCCCGAUCUGAUGCAGAAGCUCGUAGACAAUGUGGUGAACGAAAAGUCGACAGAAGCGCUGCGUGAAUCAACCUUGGAAGCGAUCGGGUACAUUUGCCAGGACAUCAACUCGGAAAUUCUGGAAAACCAAUCAAACCAGAUCCUUACCGCCAUCAUACACGGUAUGCGCAAGUCGGAGCCUUCUAACCAUGUGCGGCUGGCGGCGACAAAUGCGCUGCACAACUCGCUUGAAUUCACAAAGGCCAACUUCGAGGAGACGGCCGAGCGCAACUACAUCAUGGAGGUGGUGUGCGAGGCGACGCAAUCGACCGAUACGCAGAUAUGUGUGGCUGCCCUCCAAUGUUUGGUACGUAUUCUGACACUUUACUACCAACACAUGGAAGCAUACAUGGCCCAGGCCCUCUUUCCGAUCACACUCGAGGCGAUGAAAUCGGAUAACGAACAGAUCGCUCUGCAGGGCAUUGAAUUUUGGUCAAAUGUCAGUGAUGAGGAAAUUGAUCUAGCGAUUGAAGCGCAGGAAGCGGCCGAAACCGGUCGUUUGCCGAAUCGCGUUUCGAAGUACUACGCCCGAGGUGCCCUACAGUAUCUUGUGCCGGUACUGAUGGAAAAGCUGACGCAUCAGGAAGAGUUCGACGAUGAAGACGAUUGGAACCCGGCCAAAUCGGCGGGAGUGUGUCUAAUGCUGCUCGCUACGUGCUGCGGGGAAGAGAUCGUCCCACACGUGUUGCCAUUCGUGAACGCAAAUAUCAAGUCGACCAACUGGCGGUUCCGGGAUGCAGCCGUGAUGGUGUUUGGUUCAAUACUGAGUGCCCUGGAGACGGACCGAUUGAAACCAAUGCUGGAACAAGCAAUGCCGACACUAAUUGAGCUAAUGUACGACGAAAGUGUAAUUGUGCGCGAUACAUGCGCCUGGACAUUCGGACGCAUCUGUGAGGUUAUCCCGGAGGUUGCGAUCAAGGAAAUGUACCUUGAACCACUACUGAAGGCCCUUCUGGAUGGGCUCAAGGCAGAACCUCGUGUAGCUACAAACGUUUGCUGGGCGUUCACUGGUCUGUCGGAUGCUGCUUACGAGGCGGUCAAUAUCGACGACGAUCCACCGCAGACUUACUGUCUGUCGAAGUACUUUGAUUUCAUCAUCACCAGUCUGCUUGAGGCAACCGAUCGACCAGAUGGUGGUCAGGGCAAUCUUCGCUCUUCCGCCUAUGAAGCAUUGAUGGAGAUGGUCAAAAAUUCGCCGCUUGAUUGUUACGUAUCGGUGCAGCGUACGACGAUGGUUAUUCUGGAGCGCAUCAACCACGUGUUACAGAUGGAAUCACAUAUUUCUUCACACAGCGAUCGGCAUCAGUUCAAUGACUUGCAAUCGUUGCUGUGCGCCUCGCUCCAGUCCGUGUUGCGAAAGGUGGAUGCCAAGGACGCUCCGCAAAUAUCGGACGCCAUCAUGGUGGCUUUGCUGACGAUGUUCAGUUCCAGCUCUGGCAAAGUAUGUGGCGUUCAGGAGGAUGCUUUGAUGGCUGUUUCGACGUUAGUCGAUUUGCUUGGCGAGGACUUUAUCAAGUAUAUGGAUGCAUUCAAGGAGUAUCUGUACAUGGGUCUGAAAAGUCAUCAAGAGUAUCAGGUAUGCUGUACGGCAGUUGGUCUCGCGGGCGAUAUUUGCCGGGGCUUGAAGAGCAAAAUUCUGCCCUACUGUGAUGAUAUCAUGACGCUGUUGCUACAGAAUCUUAGCAAUCCGAAUUUGCACCGUAGCGUUAAGCCACAAAUUUUAACUGUCUUCGGCGACAUGGCACUUGGUAUUGGGCCUGACUUUAAGAAAUAUCUAAAUGUUGUGUUGCCGAUGCUGGCAGCCGCCACACAAGUGCAAAUAGAUCAGCAUGAUUACGAUAUGAUCGACUAUUUGAACGAACUACGUGAGAGUGUGCUGGAGGCUUACACCGGUAUUGUACAAGGGCUCAAAGGAUCGGAUAAAACACCCCUAGAGGAUGUUACCGCACUUCUGCCUCAAGUUCCAUUCAUCAUCAGCUACAUUAUCUCGAUCGCAAAGGACUCGGAACUAUCUGAUGGUAACAUUGCCAUCGCUGCAGGACUUAUUGGUGAUAUGUGUGGAGCGUUUGGACCGAUGAUGCUGCAAUUUGUGGAAGAUUCAAGCAUUACGGAGCUUUUGAACGAUGGCAAAAACUCACGCACAACACGCACGAAAACACUUGCAACCUGGGCAUUGAAAGAGAUCAAACGGUUGAAGAAUCUACCGGUGAACACGAGUUGGAAAUAGUGAUACAGAUGUUCCAGAUUAUACGUCGUAUAUAUGUGAUGUCAUUUCGAUGCGGAUGCUAAGGCCAUCCUUUUGCUUCGUUCAUGUGCGAAGAAAUGUGAAGAGUGUAUCCUCUAUAAUGCCAGAAUGUAUUUUUCAUAAAUGUGUAUUGAUCGAUGGUAUUUUGAUACUGACGGCAUGUCACUUCAUCGAUCAUAGAAGUCUUCUCGAUCCGUUCCACACGGAUCACAUUAGAAAAAUUCAGCAAGAUUCGGACUCAGCAUUAACGGCAACACAAUUAGCUACGCCAACAGUAGCGGCACUACACCUACGACCACCGUUCCAGCAACUUAAAUAUACUCGCUUUUACAUCCUGUAGAUACUUUUACUACCGUCACCAGUACUCUUAUUUCGCUCCUGAACAUAAGAAAAAAUCAGAGUUGGGUGUUAAUCGCCGUUUAUUCGUCAUCUUGGUGCUCGUCGGGUAUCCCUCGCACAUUGGAUGUAGUUUCAUUUGUAUGAAGGAUGAAGCAACCGUAUGAAUAACACCGCGAUGCGCUCUUAAUUUAUCCACCAUGCACUUCAAGCGCAAUAAGAGAACUGGAAAUUCAAUAUCAUGAUCUACACUAGAGAGGAAAACUGCACUAUUUCGCAUAGACGCGUGCAUAUUCUGCUGGACAGGGCAAGGCGUAUCUUCUGAAGCGAUUGGAGCAAAUUUCACUGUUAUGGAUAUCACCGUCAUCAUCUUUCCUUUGGAUACAAGAACAAUUUCAUCCAUAGUGUGUACACCGGGUGCAUUCGAAUACAUCAAACGAACACAUCAAGUAAGUCCUUUAUUCUAUAAUGGGGAAAAACUAUACAUUUUAGAUGCCUUCUAGUGCAGGAAUUCUAUUAAUAAUUUAUAUUUAAAAGGUUAAACACAGAAUCCAUUAAUGCCACCUUUUUGUAAUAAUGCGUCUAUGAACUCGUACGUUUAUUUUACUGUUAUUGAUAAUUUUACUAUUAUACAUCAUGUAAACCAAUCAAAUAUUGAUCCUGCAAUACUGUUCUAAUUUCGGUCCGUAUCCCCCGAUUCCCACGAAAUACAUUUUGCUCGUUGUGUUGUUAACACAUACCAGCAAGUGAUGCGUGGCGAUUUUGUCUAGUUAAAUUAUUUAAAACAGAAAUAGGGAUAAGACUUGGAAUUAAAUUGACUGUGGCCUGUCUACUGCUGGCAAAUGCGCAAUUACACUUCAACAGCUUAGCGCGCAACACACGAUAGUUUCCAUAAUACACAUCCCUUUAUCACUCUCCGACGCUAUAAGUUUAGAUAUCUUAGGCUAAUGAAGACAAACUAAAACUUUUUUGUACGGCACCUAAGUAGAGAUGUAGAUGAUAAAUAGAAGAUUGACUGUUAGUUUAUUUUUUCCACAAAACAGUUUGAAUCCAGUAAAAUUCACAGCACACCAGACAGAACGGGCAGAGAUGAGUUCGGGGAGGGAAAAGUUAUAUUGCAAAUUUGCUAAAGCAAAGAUCGCCAGUACACACCACACACAACUCUGAGAUCAUCUAGGUUCCUGCUAUGUCGGGUUGAGACGGUAGUUCAUAAAGUAUAGGCGUAUAGCGAGGAAAUGUAUGUUACACAAGACAACGUGUGUGCCAUAGUGAAAGAUAGGAUUAUAUGACGGAAUCGAAAAGGGACAAGUGAGAUAAGCUUUAACAGGAAGCAAAAAGCGAGGAAACUUUCACCGUGGCACGCACCCGUUUCGUUUUCUAUAAGUUAUUUUUUCUUUUGCUUUUCGACCUUCAUCUAUGUAGACAUUAUUAUAGCAAAAGCACCGUGAAGAUUCCACUUUCCGUGAGGUUGAAUAGUUGGACAUAGUUUAUUUAAGGAAUGAUCUUCUUUUAGGAUUUUGAUAUUUUUGUUUACAGUUGAUACUUUACACUCAUGUCAAACAAAGCAUAAUCUCUUUGGAUAAGCUUUUGUUUCGCAAACUAAUAUUCAUUUGUUCUGAUCAAUGCAAAAUUAUUCACAUUUUAGUUUAAAUGUUGUCACAUGGAAACUGGAACUCGGAGCGGAAUGCUAAGCUAUAUGUGUGUCAUUGUAACUACACUAUAGGAAAAGAGUAAACCAAUUAUCAGAUACCAUUACACUCGUAGUAUGUAGUUCAAGAAAAGACACGAAAAAAACAAAAAAAAGUUAAAGUCAUGCAAGUUUAGCGAUGGUGUGUGAUUUCUGCUGCAUAUGGAACAGAUUGAAUGAGCGCGUAUAAGGUUGAGUGUGUGUGACACGUGAGAAAGCGAGAAAGAUGAUCUUGAUUGAGAUGAAAGCAAACGUGAGGCCGAAUGAUCGAUCCAUUGUAUGAUGCGAGGUAUGCGAUGAGUUGUACCAUUUUCUGAUCUAGCGUGUGAGUGCAGUAUGUGAAGAUCGUGUUAUGGUGGGAGCUUCUGAGUAUGAACGAAUGGUUGAGUCAUAGAAAUAUAUGUUGCAGUGUGUAGAUACUACAUCGGAAGUAAAAUGUUGUGUUGCAAUUAGCAAAUCAAUCAGCAAGCUAAAUCUACUAACGAAUCAAUCUGAUGUACAGUUGUUGAAAUUUCUGCAGUAAUCGCACGAUCAAUUAUGUUCAUUUGAAUACCGCAGCUGUUGAUUGGAUCGAGACUUCAAAUAUUCGUGUUCAAUCAAUAAUUUUUUCUUAUACUGGUAAACCACAACAAUUAUUUGGAUAAUCUUUUUCGAAAACACAUCGAACAUUGAUUGAUUGACACUGCAAGCUGCAACCGUAGGAGUCAUAAUAUUUUGGAAAACUACGUACAUGUGUUGGUUCUUCUUUAUAAAAAAAAAAGUUUUGCAUGUAAAGUUAGUGAACUUUUGCAAUGGUUUUUGCAAUACGUUUAGGAACGAUUGUGCGUCUGAAGAAAUUUUUACGACUGUAUGUUUUGAUAACACUGAAUGAUACAAAACCGUUGAAAAUUUGAAUGGGUUAAAAAUCAUUGGAAAUCAUUGUAAGUGAGAGAAUGUAUAGUGGAAUGUUAGCGGUUGGGUGUGUUACAGAGCGAUAAUCGUGCGAUAUAUUGGAACCUAAAAACCAUUGAGAUCGUGUAAACGAAUGAACGUGAUAUUUAGUAUGUUUUACAAUUGAGCGAGAGAGUGUGACUGUUACUAUUGUAUGUAUGAGUGCGUAAGUUAAUUUUUUGUAUGCAGCCAUGUAUGCCUGAGCUAACUUAAAUCAAUGCAGAUUAAUAAAUAAAGCUACGGAAAACCCACAAUUUUCUCAAUAAAAUGCGUGAAUGUCUAGAGGAUGCGCGUGUGUGUGCAAUUGGAUAGUGAAUGUUUAUUUUAGAGUAUUCUAAAUUGCAAUGGGAGUUUAUUAACUUAAAUCGUCUAUGUUAUUUCACAUGCUUAAUGCUUAACGAAAUGAAUGCAAAUGCCAAAAAAAGUUUUUUUUGCCAUAAAACAUCCACAAUACGUUCAUGUGAUUGCUAAUUUAUUUCUUUCUUAGAGAGAUAAUAACAGAUGCAAGUACAGGGUCAUUUAAGUAAAACAUUGAAUAACAAGCGUUGGAAACGUGUUACGGCAGUUGUACGAAAAAGUUAUUGUGAUUUUGCGUAUUUUGUUCUCGCGUUGUUUUUUUUGUUUAGUUCACUGACUAAAAUUCGAUUAGGCAGCAUGAUAUUUUUUAUUGUUUAUGGUUGAGAUUAACUAUCUAUGGAACUCAAUUUUAUUUAAACUAUGAAAUAGGCUGAUGAUGUAUGUAUAUCUUUUUUUUUUGCACAUUUUGGAGUAUUUUAAGCUUGAUUUAUUUUUGAUGGUUAUAAGACAUCCAACGCAUACGACAAUUAGAGAGCGAAAGAAAUUUGAAAUCACUAUUAGCAUUAACAAGAUCGGAUCACUAUUCACAGGUCGUUCAUGAAGGUCUACUGGAGUUGUACAUUUGAAUGAGCUUUACAAAACGAUUUCGUUAAUUGGCAUUUAUUGGCCUGAGAGACGAUGCAUGUGAAUGAAUGAGACUGUACGCCAUUGCGAAUUAAUGUUUCUUUUGGAUAACAAUGUGUGUUUGAGCGGUAGAAAGUAUUGUGUGUGCGAACACAAACCAACUAUAUCAUUAGUAGAUAGUGUCAUGUAAUGUGAAACGAUACAAUAAUAACGCAAGAACGAAAAAUAAUUUAAUUCAUUGCGACCCACGACGACAUGGAGCCGAGUGGUCGAUGGCAAACACAGCAAAAAAGAGAAUCAAAUCUCUUUAAUCAGAACAAACGGAAAUAAAGAAGGAGUGAAACGCUGCUUUUCACAAGGGAUGUAUGUGAACGUGCUAGGAGUUAACCAAAAUACAGAACACAAACAAACGACUGAAUAUACUAGUUUACACGAACGCAACCGAAACGUUAAAUGCACUCAAAAUAGGAAAGUGAAACGCAACAGACGUACAGAAAUGAUGCAGACAAACAUGUUACUCUAAAACUGAUCCCAUUACCAUGUCGAUGAUAAAGUAGUGUAAAUGACGCAGGGACAAUGUUUUUGGGAAAUUCUGUUUUUUCUGCAUUUUGUCACCUGUGAGUAACGGACUGUUAAUAGUUCAAGCAAGCAGGUAAAUCAACCCAUUGGCACCAUGAGAAACGCUACGAGCGACCGUUCAUGCGGAUAUGGAUGGUAGCGGUAUUUUAAAUGUAAUGUAUUUUACUUGUAUUUUAGCUCAAUGCAAAUGCAAAGUUAUUACUGUGAUGCUGUGUAUAAAAUGAAACAAAACAAGCAAAAUCAAAAAAACUAACUGGCACUCUAUUCGGUGACGAUUUAUUGUGUGCAUUGCGAUUAUGACACCAGAGUAUCAAUUCUUUUUUGGUGAAUUGUGAUGAUCAAGUGGAGUUACAAAACAAAAACGAACAGCAAUAGUCACCCAACUAUGUUAGGCGACGUUUAACAUAAAGUAAGCAAGAUCACAAAGGAAAAAACAGACGCGUAUAAUCACUACUUUACUGCGACAAUUUACUCAGGUACCGAUACGGACAAAAAUACAAUGUCUAAGCGCAGGGAAGUGAGUGUGGUUAACAUAUAACAAAUUACAAAUUACAGAAGAGGGAUGAGAAGGUUACAUACAUGAUACCGUACCAACAUUUAUACAAUUGUAAGAGAAACAAUACAAAACAAUGCAAUACUACACUCUACAUACAGUGAGAUAAACAAAACAUUUUUUACUUAACUCAAAACAUCGCACUCCAAAACCCAACAAAGAAGUGAAUGGUAGUAAGAAUAGGUAAACAAAUUAAACAAAACAAAGCCGUGUACAGAAAACACAACAAAUUUCAUCCCAAAUCAACGAUAAAAACGACUUCAUAAUAGUGUAGGACGCACUCCUCUAUUGGUAAGAUAAAUCAAUUAGGAGAAAAUUGAGAAGCUAAAUCGGAGAAUACAAAUUUGGGAUGAAUUUUCUUUUUCUCUUUUCAUUUUCUAUUAUCUUACUAAAAUCAUAUUUUACAAAGUUAUAUAGUAAAGCAUCGAGUAGGAAAUAUGGUAGGAGUUUUGUUUGUCAUUACCGACAAAAGGAGACAAAUGAAUCUGUAAAACAAGAGCCUAGGUGCGAGGAAUUUCUAUCAUCGAUAUCGACUUAAUCAUGAAUUCUUCCAACAGACUGACCGCCAUUUUUGAGCUAAAAUGGAGUGAAAAGUAAAAAAAACGUAAAAUUAAACCAGGGACAAAGACUCUGCUGACCGUUACUUACACAGGCGAAACAUACGCGAAAAAAGAAAGAGAAAGUAGAAAAAUUAGGAAAAACAAUACAUAAAUCAAUACAAAACAUAACGAUGGGUAUCACGAAACGAUAUACAAAGAAAACAAAUUCAUACACCACGUAUUACAAACAUUCACAGUGACCGAAGAUACGAUAACAUAGUCAAAAUCAUGUGAAGUAAAACAGAGGACUUGGGUAGUGAGAGAAUGGUAUCAAAAAUAUGUAAAUUUUUCAUUCUUGCUAAUAUUGUUGUAUCGAAUUGGAAAAAGUGAGACGUAUGAAUGGGAGAUGGGAUGAACGAGAGUAGGAUAAUAUGUGAUCAAAUAUGUUAAAACCUAGCGCAAUGAGACAUAGUUGCGUGAAUAAUGGGUCAAUGUCAAUCCCGAGAAUGAUGUGUGAAAAGAUGUAUGUUUUUGGUUUGUUUUCAGUAACGUAUGAGCGAGUCUUUGAGCAAUUGUGCGAUUCAGAUGUAUAUGUGUGUAAAUUAUAAAAUAAGUUGUUUUAAGUAGAAGCUAAUUUGCAUAAAACAAACAAGAAUAAUGCGCAUAGAACAGAGAGUGAGGUUGAAACAACUCAUCUUUAUUGUUUACGUUGUUAUUUAUGACGAUUGUCCUAAACCCAUCGCCCAUUGGUUUUCACAUAUUUCCUGAUUUCUUUGAAAAGACUUGUUCAUUUUUUUCUAAUUUUAAUCGUAGUUCAAGUUUAAUAGCAGAUCAGAUAAUAGUAGUUUACCAAUGCCAAAUUUAAUCUUGUUUGGAACAAAUGAUGUUCUAGAUCCUCGCUUACUCAUCAGGCACUACAACCGCUUCGCCCGGUCUUGACUUGCCGCAAGAGGCCUCUGUGGCCAAUAUUGAUUUAAAUCAUGUUAUACUUUCCUUAAAUCCUACUCUUCAUUGCUAAAUUGAUUAUAAACAUAUUUCAUUUUUCAACAUGCAGUUACAAAAAAGUGGUUUUUGGAAACUCAAAAACUAGAACCCGUUCCGGUUUUCAAAACAUGCCUUUAAACAAUUAAGUUAGUCAAUAUGUGAAAACAUCUGGCCAAAUUAUGCUGAUAAUUGAUGUUGUGAAUAGGGAUGUUUUGUACGAGACUAGUCGUGGAAUUGAAUGAAUGUGCAAAUGAUAAUGUAUUUUUUGUGUUUCAUCUAACGUAACGUACUAAGUUUAAUGUAUGAUCGCGAUCGAUACGAGCGUGAUAUGUGUAUAGAGAUUAUGUGUACGUAGGACUUUUUGCGAUAUGAUUGUGUAAAUGAGCGUGAGUGUAAAUGCGAACCCUACAGAGGACUUCCUUUGCUGCAAAAUAAAUAAAAAAAAACAGCAAUUCUUAUACAUAAACACAACAACAGGAACUGACUAGGACGGAACAAAGCAGCCAAAGGCGCUGAAAACCAUCCCUACCGAAUGCUGACGGGUACUGGGAGAACACUGGCACAAAGCACACGCAGAGAUCGAACGUGAGGGGGCGGCGUGAUCGUUAUGAUGGGUAUCAUAUGGAUAUGUAUGAUCGAGUUUGAGACUGACCAAAUACACGAAAAGGAGACUAAAAGGAGAGAAGGCGACAGUGGAAUAAAAACAAACCUUCAAAGCACACCAAUUCUAUGCGUUUGCAACACAUACAAAAGGACAAACUACGUUAAUACAAUGUCCGUACGACCAAAGACUUGUUGAAUGAUACGGAGAAUGGACGAACUUACAUUUACCGGGUAGCAAGGUAAGAAAAGCUUUCAAUCAUUAUAUUUAAGCACACGAUCAUCGGCUUUCAAAAAGGAUGAUGCAUCGUUACGAUCGGAAGCUCGGAAAAAGCUCGAACUACUACUACUAGGACGUUUUAGGACUAUUACUACACAACAAUAAACACGCUACUAUUACGAGUACUAAUCAUUACUACUUUACUAUCAUUACACACAACAUUGUGCUGUGAGAGAGUGCUGCGCGAGUACGAGUGGGAAUGAGCCGUCGAGUAUGAAGCGAGGCGUAUGUGUGACAAAUCUGUGAAUAUAAUGCGUAAGUUGUGCGUGCGGGUGCGUAAUGUUUUUCGGCAAGAAAGGAUACGAUGAAUGUAUUUUGCAAGCCCGGGACAGAUUGUACAUUUGAGAAGUGAGUUAUAUUUGAUCGGAUUUGUAUGCGAUAUACGUGCGAUAAUCGAGAAUGUGAAUAUCGAGAGAGAGAGAGAGAGAGAGAGAGAGAGAGACGUAUGUUUAUG